UGGGAAAUGUAGUCCAGGAACUCCGCGUAGUUGGAGGUAUUUCCGCUGCGGGAGGUUGAGAUCGCGGCCUUCGUUUCUCUCUGGGAGGGACCACUGUUUCCUGGACCUCAGAGUGCCUAGCAGCAACCUAGAGGUUGGCAGAGAAGAGUUAUUCAGUGAGUGGCUAUGCAACAUGAAAGAUGCAGCAAGUUAUCGAAAUGGCAAAAGGGGAUUUUAAGAAGUAGCAGAGAGGCAAGAUCUAGAAUACUGGUUCUGGUGUGAGCUGGAUUCCAGUUCCACCCGUGUGUCUUGACCUCAUCAAGCCUCAGCUUCCUCAUCUAUUAAAUAGAAGCCACAGUCCUCAUCAUCACUGAUUGAGAAGUUCCUAAAAUGCCAGCUGAGGACGGGCACAGAGGUGUAGGCGAUUGGACCGAAGUCACACUAGUGUGACAUAGCUUCGUCACAGGACUCAUCCCUUUCUUAGAAGGACGAGGACAAAAUGACCAAGUUCAAGGAGACAGUGACAUUCAAGGACGUGGCGGUGGUCUUCACGGAGGAGGAGCUGGGGCUGCUGGACCCUGCCCAGAGGAAGCUGUACGGAGACGUGAUGCUGGAGAACUUCAGGAACCUGCUCUCUGUGGGGCAUCAACCCUUCACCCCAGAUGUAAUACUCCAGUUUGAGAGGGGAGAAAAGCUUCGGAUGAUAAAGACAGCAGCCCAGGGCCCCUGGGCCUCAGGAGACAAGAAUCUAAAUGACUUGGAGACUCUUCAGGAAAUUGGAUUAAAGUACCUGCCACAUGAAGAGCUGUUCUGCUCGCAAAUCUGGCAACAGGUUACAAAGGAGUUAACCCAGUGCCAAGAUUCCAUGGUCAGUAUUCAAGGAACUGGCUCCCAGUUGGAAAAACGAGGUGAUGCACGCUAUAAAGAUGAGGAAUUUGGUAAAGGCUUUACUCAGAGUUCACAUCUUCAAGUUCACCACAGAGACCACACGGGAGGAAAACCCUACCAGGGGGAGGAACGUGAGAAAGGUUUCAUUCAGCGCUGUGAUCUUCAAACUAACCAGAGAGCCCAUGUAGGAGAGAAGCCCUAUAAAUGUGAAAAAUGUGAAAACACCUUCCGUCGACUGUCAAGCCUUCAAGCCCACCAGAGGGUCCAUAGCAGAGAGAAAUCAUACAAGUAUGAUACAUCGUGUAAGGCUUUCAGACAGAGGUCAUAUCUUCUCCAUCAUCAGAGAGUUCCCACUGGAGAGAAUCCGCACAAAUUCGAGGAAUGUGGGAGGAAUGUUGGGAAAAGCUCACAUUGUCAAGCUCCUCUGAUAACCCACACAUUAGAGAAACCUUAUAAAUGUGAGGAGUGUGGGCUGAGCUUCAGUCAGAGCUCGUAUCUUCAAGUGCACCAGAGAGUCCACAUGGGAAAGAAGCCUUAUAGGUGUGAAGAGUGUGGGAAGGGCUUCAGUUGGCGUUCGCGACUACAGGCUCAUCAGCGAAUCCACACUGGAGAGAAACCAUACAAAUGUGAGGCAUGUGGCAAGGGCUUUAGUUACAGCUCGCACCUUAACAUUCAUUGUAGAAUCCAUACAGGAGAGAAACCCUAUAAAUGUGAAGAGUGUGGGAAAGGCUUCAGUGUAGGUUCACACCUUCAGGCCCAUCAGGUAAGCCACACUGGAGAGAAACCUUACAAAUGUGAGGAAUGUGGGAAGGGCUUCUGUCGGGCCUCAAAUCUUCUGGACCAUCAGAGAGGACACACUGGUGAGAAACCAUAUCAGUGUGAUGCAUGUGGAAAGGGCUUCAGUCGUAGCUCAGAUUUUAACAUUCAUUUUAGAGUCCAUACAGGAGAGAAACCCUAUAAAUGUGAGGAAUGUGGGAAAGGCUUCAGUCAGGCCUCAAAUCUUCUGGCCCAUCAAAGAGGCCACACUGGAGAAAAACCAUACAAAUGUGGUACAUGUGGGAAGGGCUUCAGCCGGAGUUCAGAUCUUAACGUUCAUUGUAGAAUCCACACUGGAGAGAAACCCUAUAAAUGCGAGAAGUGUGGUAAGGCCUUCAGCCAGUUCUCGAGUCUUCAGGUGCAUCAAAGAGUCCACACGGGAGAGAAACCAUAUCAGUGUGCAGAGUGUGGGAAGGGCUUCAGUGUGGGUUCACAGCUUCAAGCCCACCAGAGGUGCCAUACUGGGGAGAAACCAUACCAGUGUGAGGAGUGUGGGAAAGGAUUCUGUCGGGCAUCAAAUUUUCUGGCUCAUCGUGGAGUCCACACAGGAGAGAAGCCAUACCGGUGUGAUGUGUGUGGUAAACGCUUCAGACAGAGAUCCUAUCUUCAAGCCCACCAGAGGGUCCACACUGGAGAGAAACCAUACAAAUGUGAGGAGUGUGGUAAGGUCUUCAGUUGGAGCUCAUACCUUCAAGCCCAUCAGAGAGUUCACACUGGAGAAAAACCAUAUAAAUGUGAGGAGUGUGGGAAGGGCUUCAGUUGGAGCUCAAGUCUUAUAAUUCAUCAGCGAGUGCAUGCUGAUGAUGAGGCUGAUAAGGACUUGCCCUCCCCAGAGAAGCUCAGGAAAGAAGCUCCAUAAAAUUAUAUGUUUUAAUACCUCAGAUGGGUGCUGAAAUAGUCCAAUAAUCAGACCUGUCCUAGAAGACAAAGCAUUUAUUUAUAAAAGAGUCAGUAUUUAGCCAGGGCUUGACAUGUCACAGUGGUUGGGUGACCACACAGCAGAGAAGCCUCAUGAGAAUGGCACCAUAAGGACUUCAUUCAGAACCUUGACAUUUAGCAGAUACUACACAGAGGAGAGGCUUAGGAAGGAUGAAUCUGAUCUGAAGUUAACCGAAGGGCUGAGAUGGAAGUGCCAGAAUCUUCCACUAGGAUAUAAACUCCCAAGAGAGUAGGGAUUUGUUGACUGCCAAAUCUAUUCAGUCUUUUCAGUGCCUAACACAUGGUAGGUGUUCAGUAAUGUUAAAUGAGUGAAAGGGAGAACAGUCAUAUAUGAAAUUUUUAUUCAGUUCUUCUCUAAAAAUUUCUAUGAAAUGUACUUAAAAGAGGAAUUCUGUAAGGUUUGGAGGACAUUUAAGUUAGACACAUGGGCUCAUUUUCCCAACCCUAGAGGUCCUGCGAACUAGUGUUUAUCAACCUGCCAAUAGGUCCAAAAUCACUUCAGUGGGUUGUGACCAGCAUUUUUGUAUGCUAGUAGUUUAUUGAGAUAUAAUUUGCAUUCAGCAACAUGCAUAAAUCUCAAGUUUACAGCUUUAUGAAUUUUGACAAAUGUAUACACUUAUGUAAUCAUCACCAAAAUCAAUGUAUACAAUAUUUCUAUUAAACCAGAAUGUUUCCUUGUGUACGUUUCUAGUCAUUCUCACCUCCAGUGGCAAUCAGUAUGAUUGCUAUACCUCACAUUAGUUAAGUCUGUUCUUUGGUUCAAUGUGUGUACUCUUUUAUGUCUAGAUUCUCUUGAUCAAGUAUAUGAUCAUUUUAGUAGAUUGAGAGAAAGUAAGAUUGACAAAAUUCAGUGUCCAUUCAUGAUAAUAAUUCCUCAGUGAGAUGAAAGGCAUCUAUGAAAAUUCUACAAGCUAACAUUCUUUGUAGAAUUAUUAUUAAGGAAUAGCUUGUAUACAGUAAAAUCGACUUCGAUGUAUCAUUCUGUGUUUUGGUAAAUGCUUUCUGUUGUAUUACCACCACCGUAAUCAAGACGUUUAACACUUCCAAGACCCCCUGCCCUGAAAUUCCUUGGACUUUUGUAGUCAACCACUCUCCCUGUCACCUCUCCCUGCCUUUGGCAGCCAUCUACCUGUUUUCUGUCUGCAUAGUUUACUUUUUCUGGAAUGUCCUAAAAUGGAGUCAUAUAGUAUAUAAUCUUUCAAAUCUGGCUUCUUUCACUCUAUGCUUCUGAGAUUCAUCAGUCCUGAUGUGUGGAACGGUAGUCAUUCUUUCUAUUGCUGAGUGAUAUUCUGGUGUAUGGAUGUAUCAUGUUUGGUUUAUCCAUUUAUGAAUUCAAGGAUAUUUGAGUUUCCAGUUGUUAGUGAUUAUGAAGAAAACAGGGAUAAAUAUUUGCAAAGAGGUCUGUGUGUCAACACAAGUUUUCUUUGUGUUAGUAAAUACUUAAGAGUGGAAUUGUGUAGUAUGUUUAACUGUAUGGAAAGCUAACAACUCUAAAAUGGAUAUACCAGUUUGCAUUCCCACCAUCAAUGCAUGUCAGGGUUUUGUUUUGUUUUUACCAUUUCAGUCGGUUUAUAGUGGCAUCUCACUUUGAUUUUAAUUUGCAUUUCCCUAAUGACUAUGUUGGGCAUCUUUUGUAUCUGAAUGUAUCCUGUAUGUAUAUCUAUUUUUGGGGGGGAACUGUUUUCUUGUUCUUGAUUUUUGAGAGUUUAUGUGUUCUGGACAUAUGUCCUUUCUCAGUUAUGUUUUGCAAAUAUUUUAUCUCUGUGUGUUUUGUGUUUUUAUUCCGUUAUCGGUAUUUUUCACAGAGCAGAAAUUUUGUUUUUGGUGAAGUUCAGUUUUCUUCUUCCAUGGAUUAUGCUUUUGGUUUCAAAUCUAAGAACUCUGCCCAAUCCAAGGUCACAAAGAUUUUUCUCCUCCUUUUUUAUCUAAAAGUUUUAUGAAAUGGUUUUACAUUUAGGUCUAUGAUCCAUGUGAGUUCAUCUUUAUAAAGUGUGAGGUAGAGGGCCAUGUUUUUUGGCCUGUGAACAUCUGAUUAUCCUUUUGAUUUCUCUUGGCCCUUGUGGAAAAUCUAUUGAUCAGACAUGCAUGGGUCUGUUUCUGGCCUCUGCUUGGUUCCAUCAGUCUAUGUGUCUAUCAUUUUGCCAAUAUGUAGCCUUAUAUAAUAAGUCUUGAAAUGAGAUAGUAUGAGUCUCCCAACUCCAUUCUUUUUCUUUUUUUAAAAUAACAUUUUAUUUAUUUAUUUGA